CGGCAAGCUCACUUAGGAUCGUAUAAUCUGGCGUUGAAGUUCCAACCCGUCUUUUCACAUUGGCAGAAUACACGUCUUGAAUCGACACCUUCCCAGCCGUCACAAGCCAUCCCAAACGACAAUAUGACUCCUCGUGAACAGCCGUUGCAAAACGACUAUGAAUUCACCUUUGAUAAUCGAAUCGGCGGCACGCCACUUGAGACAGGUGAACCCGCCCCUUACAAAGUUUCGGAGCAUCUGCUAUGGGCUCCACGCAAGAUGAGGGUCGCCUCAAUUGGCGCGGGGGCCUCUGGGAUCAUGUUGUGCUACAAGAAGGAGAAGGAGUUUGGCGACUCGAUCGAUUUGGUGGUUUAUGAGCGAUAUCCCAAAUGCGGCGGCGUCUGGUACGCCAACAAGUAUCCCGGCUGCCGUUGCGACGUGCCCUCCCCAGCCUAUCAGUUCUCCUUCGCGCCCAAGCCCGACUGGUCGCGCUACUAUUCGCCCUCGGCCGAGAUCCAAACCUACUACGAAAGCUUCGCCCGCGACCACGGCUAUCUAGACCGAUACAUCAAGCUCUCACACGAAGUAACCGGGGCGACCUGGGACGAGGCCACGAGCCAGUGGAUUCUCUCCGUCACCGAGACGACCGAGUCCGGAACGAAGCUGCGCAGCUUCGAAGACCGCGUCGACUUCCUGGUCGCCAACAUCGGCGUGCUGAACACCUGGAGAUGGCCCGAUAUCCCCAACCGGGAAGCCUUCCGCGGGAAGAUGACCCACUCGGCCGAUUAUGAUACGAGCCUGGACCUCGCCGGCAAGACGGUCAUCGUCAUCGGCUCGGGCGCCUCGUCUAUCCAGAUCAUCCCGGCGAUCAAGAAGACGGCGGGAAAGAUCAUUUCGUUCUACCGUACGCCUCAGUGGAUCAGUCCUGGCCUUGCCAUGGAGGGCUACACCGAUGCUCAAGGCCGGAACUUUGACUACACGGACGAGCAAAAGCAAUUCUUCGCCUCCAACCCGGCGGCAUAUCUCGAGCACCGGAAGGCCUUGGAAAGCAAGAUCAAUUCCAGCUUCCGUGGCAAUAUUGCCGGUCACCAGAUCCAGAAGCUCACUCGAGAGGCAGUUUCCAAGCACAUGGCCUCCACCCUGAAGAACAAGGAAGGUCUCGUCAAGCGUCUGGUGCCCGACUUCCCCGUCGGCUGCCGUCGCCUGGGUCCAGCCGAGGGCUUCCUUGAAGCGUUCCUCGAGGAAAACGUCGAGCUUGCCAGCGGCGAUAUCGCCAGCUUCACUGAGAAUGGUGUGCGUACGACCGAGGGUGUCGAGUACGCGGCCGACGUGAUCAUCUGCGCCACUGGGUUUGACGUCAGCUUCCGACCUUACUUCCCCGUUGUUGGUGUCAACGGCGUCUCCUUGGCCGAGGCGUGGAAGGAUGAUCCGUCGGCUUACCUGGCUAUGGCUGCUAGUGGAUUUCCCAAUUUUAUGAUCGGCUCUCUCGGCCCAAAUUGCCCUGCAGGACAUGGGUCAUUUGUCACAGUGCUCGAAGCCGCGCAGAACUACAUUUGCAAGGUGAUACGCAAGAUCCAGACAGAGAAUAUCCGAUCCUUGGACGUGAAACCAGAAGCUGUGGCCGAGUAUAACGAACACGUUCACGAGUGGCUGAAGAGAACGGUGUGGGCAGCUGGGUGCAGGUCAUGGUACAACCGGGGGCGGCCGGGGGGGAAGGUGAUUGCGCAGUAUCCCGGGUCUCUGGUCCAUUGGCGCCUGAUGCUGGAGCAUCCGCGGUUUGAGGACUACAACAUCUCUUACCGCAGCCGGAAUAGAUUCGAGUUCAUGGGAAAUGGCUUCUCCGAACUCGAGGUUAGUGGCGGGGACUUGGCCUGGUAUUUAGAGCCCGCUUUUAUCGAAAAGCCGCUGUUUGAUCAUUGA